GUGCUUGCUUUGGGAACUGCUGCAGCAGCAGUGGUCAGGAAGGACGGGUUGGAUCUCUUGGACCCAAGCAGGGGAGGGGAAGAGUUUUACCAAGACCAAGACAGCGGUCGCUAUUGCAAGAAGUGCCCUGCGGGCACCUACGUUGAAAAACACUGUGAAGAGCAAAACGGCUCCAGCACGUGUUCGCCGUGUAGGGGAGAUGAAUACGUCGAAUACCCGAAUGACUUUCACAAGUGCCUGGGCUGCCAGGUGUGCAGGGAAGACCAGGUGGAGCUGAGGCGCUGCCAGGCCGACCGCAACACGCAGUGCGUCUGCAGGAACGGCACCUUCUGCUCCCCGGACCACCCCUGCGAGAUGUGCCAGAAGUGCCGGUCCCGGUGUCCCGAGGAUCAAGUGGAGCAGGCGCCCUGCACGCCGCACAGCGACCGCCAGUGUGGUCCUCCCACCGGCACCUUCUCCGGCUCCUCUAACACCUGGGUCGUGAGCAUCGUGGUGGUGGCAGCUGUGGUUGUGCUUGUGCCCUUGGCCGUCUGGAAGUGCCGUCGACGCCGUUCUCAGGGAGACCAGAGAGACCUGAGUGGGAAGUCCUGCAGCGUGGUGGACUACCUGGUGCGGCAGCUGACGAGGUGCCAGCGGGGGGACAUGGGGACGCAGGACAACAGGCACAACGAGCAGCUCUCCCGGGAUAAGCUGCUCCCCAGGGCAUCGGAUCCGAUGACUCCCAGCGCUCCAGGGCCGGAGGUGAUGGUGCCAAGGACCUCGCAUCCCGUUGUGAAACCCAGGAGGAACCUGGUUCCAGUGCCAGAAAGAGACCCCAGUGCCCUUUUGCGGCAGUCUUUUUACAUCUUCGCCCAAGACGUGCCCUGCAAGGACUGGAAGAGAUACGGUCGAGCCCUGGAUCUGCUGGAGAAUGACAUCGCCCUCGCCGAGAUGAACGACAAGUACACGCUGGAGCCCUUCUUCCAGAUGCUCAACACGUGGCACAGCAGACAAGGGCUGAACGCCUCCGUGAACACGCUGCUGGACACCCUGCACCAGAUCAAUCUCGGAGGGAUUGCGGAGAACAUCUCCUCCAAGCUGGUCCAGCAGGGAUAUUUCCAAUACGAAGUGAGCUGA